AUGUCGUCUCCAUCUCCAUCUCCCUCCCCUGGCCCUGAUGUACGCGAACCAACCAACAAGCGCUCCAAAGCCCAGCAGAAACUGAGGCGAAGAAAGGGUCUUUUCAAGAAAGCAAAAGAGUUUAUCACCAAAUGUGACUCUGAUGUGUAUCUGAUUGUCCGAAACCGAAAGACUGGCCAGAUUCACUAUUUGAAUUCAGACUCAUCAGGGGAAUGGCCACCUGCUCAUCAGAGUCUUAGAAAGUAUGAAGCUGGUAAACACCAAACCCUGGAUAGCUGCAAGGGUUGA